AUGUCCUCCAAAAGACUGUCUGGAAAUGGCGGUUUUGACAGCCAGCCGUAUAGUUUCAAGCACCGAAGGCUGAGCGCCCUUCGGACUUUCCCAGACAACUGUGGGCUCCGUGCUCCAAUAUCCCCAAAACCAAAUGACGCGCGUGACAUGACAUUUGAGCCCCCUUCCGAUGAGAUAAAUAAAAGAGGAAUUGAAAAGUCGGCUAAUAGCGCAAAGUAUGUGAUGGCAAUACCAGCUGUGCCAUUGAGAUCUGUACAGCCGGUUAGUUUGGAAAAUGACCCGAAAAAUUCUGUGCCAUAUGGGGAAAAUGAUGAUGGUCGGAAAAAAGGAGCUAAUGAGAAGGAGAAUAAGGAGUUUUCGCUUGACGAGUUGUGGAAGCAGGACUCGGACAAAUUAGCAGCAAUUGUUGCAGAGGCCAAAAGCUACUUGAAUGCCUUUGAUGUUAAGCAUUAUGAGAAAUCGCCGGACUUGCAUAGACGUUCGUCGAUCGUGGAACCAAAUCCUGAGUUCGUGGAACAGGAAAAAAGUGCGCACGGGAAUUUAAGAGAAAGCCCUUUUGUGAAAGAAACUUCCGGAUUAAAAAACAAGUCCGAAAAUUACGAGGACGAAGUUUGCAUUUUAUCACCCGAGGAGUGGAGGGAAUCGCGUGUGCGUGAAAAGGUGAACUUUCGCAGAAACCGUGAAGGCAUUUCUAGUUGUGAGCCAACGGAUACUAAAAGUGAGGAGGAAAAGGAGGACCAGAUUUUAACAAAAUUGGAUGAAUGCGCGCCAUUCGAAGAUAAUGAUCCUAAAUACUGCGGUGGAAAUUUGGAAGAAUUAAUCAAUUUGAACAUUGUGAAACCUGAGGAACCUAAGGGGCUCAUGGUGCGGGAGGCUUUGAGGUUGUUCGAAAAGAAUUAUAAUGAACUCAUGAAUGAGCGCAAAAUUGUGCCAAAAGUGGGAAGGAAAAAUGCUUACAUCCAUCUCGAGGCCGCAAAUUGCCUUAAGAUAGAUGGUAAGUACAUUUUUCUCGAGAAGCCCUUUGGCCAUGUGCCGGGCAUUGAAAUCGGUGAUGAAUUUCAAUUUAGGUGCCAACUUGCAAUGAUUGGCCUUCAUCGUCAGUUAGUAUCCGGAAUAGAUCAUGUGAUUCUCAAUGGGAAGAGAUAUGCAAAUAGUGUUGUGGAUUCGGGCCGUUAUGAGAACAUUUCGAAAACAAAUGAUGUCUUGAUUUACUCGGGCCAGGGUGGGAAUGUAAAGACCAAUGAUAUCUCGGUCCAUCAAAAGCUUGAGAGGGGGAAUAUCGCGUUGAUGAAUAGCAAGGAGAUGAAAUAUCCCAUUAGAGUCACCUAUAAAAGAAAGAGUCACGCAUGCCCCGAGCGUGGGGUUGUGUAUGUUUAUGACGGGCUCUACAUCAUAAAUAAUGCGUGGCAUGAGAAGGAUCAAACGGGCAAGCUCGUGUUCCGAUUCGAAUUGCACCGGUUGCCCGGCCAGCCGAGGGCUCACCAACAAGCGGAGGCAAAAAUGAAGGUUUGCAUGGUAGAUGAUAUUUCCGGAGGAAAAGAGAAAAUGCCGAUACGGGCGGUGAACAACGUGGAUGACGUUAGGCUCCUCCCGAAGUUUUCCUACAUCACCCAAAUGGUGUAUCCCGAUUGGUUAAAGAAAGUUGAGCCCGUGGGUUGUGAUUGCGUGAAUGGAUGCUCGGAUUCCCACCAAUGCCCUUGCCUUGUGAAAAAUGGGGGCGAAAUCCCAUACAACGAAAAUGGUUCUAUUUUACGGAGAAAGCGUAGGAUUCACGAGUGUGGGCCCUCGUGCAAGUGCCCUCCCACUUGCAUGAACCGAGUAAGCCAACACGGCCCGCGUUAUCGGUUGGAGAUUUUCAAGACGGAGCUACGCGGUUGGGGCGUGCGGUCGCGUGAUCUUAUCCCGUCGGGUGGUUUUGUUUGUGAGUAUUUGGGGGAGUUUUUACAAGAAAAAGAGGCCGACUUGAGAGUGGGUGGAGACGAGUAUCUAUUUGACAUAUAUAAUAGCCGUGGGGGGCGGGCGGAUGGGUUUGCUAUAGAUGCGGGUGUGUAUGGAAAUGUUGGGAGGUUUAUUAACCAUAGUUGCUCACCUAAUAUGUAUGCGCAAGACGUUCUUUAUGACCACGCGGACAAUAAAAUGCCGCGCAUCAUGUUUUUUGCGACCGAGGACAUUUCUCCUCUUCAAGAGCUCACGUACGAUUAUAACUACAAGUUGGGGAUGGUUUGUGAUGCUAGUGGGAAUAUUAAGACCAAGGUUUGCUAUUGUGGUUCUCGCGAGUGUCGUCGGAGGAUGUACUAG